AUGGGGGAUGCUGCAGACGUCAAGGAAUUGAGAAAGACGUUCAUUGUCCCUGCCGUCAAACCCUUUGAUCAUUACGAUUUCGGCAGAGCGAAAAUCGCCUGUAAUCUAGCCUGGCUGGUGGCCAAAGCCUUUGGGACCGAAAAUAUACCAGAGGAACUGCGAGAGCCUUUUUAUACGGAUCAGUAUGACCAGGAACAUAUUAAACCUCCUGUUGUUAAUUUGCUGCUAUCAGCUGAACUUUACUGUCGUGCUGGGAGUCUUAUUCUCAAGAGUGAUGCUGCCAAACCACUCUUGGGUCAUGAUGCUGUUAUCCAGGCCUUGGCACAGAAAGGCUUGUAUGUCACUGACCAAGAAAAACUGGUAACGGAGAGAGACUUGCACAAGAAACCCAUUCAGAUGAGUGCCCAUUUGGCCAUGAUUGACACCUUGAUGAUGGCUUACACUGUGGAAAUGGUCAGCGUGGAGAAAGUUAUUGCAUGCGCACAGCAGUAUUCAUCCUUCUUUCAAGCAACGGACCUUCCCUAUGACAUAGAAGAUGCUGUCAUGUUCUGGAUAAACAAAGUGAAUGAACAUUUAAAAGACAUCAUGGAGCAGGAACAAAAACUAAAAGAGCAUCAGGGUGCUGAAACUCCGGGAGGUCAAAAGUCUCCUUCCAAAUGGUUUUGGAAACUGGUUCCUGCUCGUUAUAGGAAGGAGCAAACUCUGCUUAAGCAGCUGCCCUGCAUUCCAUUGGUGGAAAAUCUGCUGAAGGAUGGUACAGAUGGUUGUGCUUUAGCUGCCCUGAUCCAUUUUUACUGCCCGGAUAUAGUCAGAUUGGAGGAUAUAUGUUUGAAGGAGACCAUGUCAUUGGCGGACAGUUUGUAUAAUCUGCAGUUGAUACAGGAAUUUUGUCAGGAGUAUUUGAACCGAUGUUGCCAUUUUUCACUUGAGGAUAUGCUUUAUGCCGCUUCUUCAGUAAAGAGUAAUUAUUUGGUGUUCAUGGCAGAGCUGUUCUGGUGGUUUGAAGUAGUGAAGCCAUCAUUUGUUCAGCCUCGAGUUGUAGUUCAUCCCCAAGCGGAACCUCCAAAAGAAACAUCUUCUGUUCCUGCAGCAAGUGCCUGUAGAAGAAGCUAUUCAGGUGCUUCACAUAGUUCUGACCCAAUAGGCAGUGUGGCUGGACCAACCUUUAAACCAUCUCACCAGAUUCCACCUGUUAGGAAUACUCACAGUCAGCCUUACUCAUCUGUUCCAGUAGGCAGCAUUAGAAGAUCUACAUCUAUGUCUUAUAUGGAUGGAUAUGUAGGGACGUGGCCCAAAGAAAAACGAUCUUCAGUGCAUGGAGUUUCAUUUGAUAUUUCUUUUGACAAAGAAGAUAGCAUUCAUAUCACAACUCCAAACAGAGGAAUGACUAGAUCUAUUAGUAAUGAAGGUCUUGAGAAAAAUACUGACCGCAUGCCCAGACAUAUUAGAAGAAACCUUUCCUUCAAACCUGUGAAUGGAGAAGAAGAAAGUGAGGAUAUUGAAGAAGAAAAGGAUGGAGACUUUCACAGUAGUCCAGAGGUCAAUAGUAAUCAAAGGAAUGUCAAUCAAGUUAGUCCUUAUAACCUCCCAAAUGGAGCACUGCAAAACAGAUUGGUUACUGAUGAAUAUGGCAAUCUGAUUGAGGCACCAAGCAUUGAACAGGCUUUGCAAAUUAUCCAUGAUACUGAGAAAUCUCCCAGUGUUACUCAGCCACAGCAAAUUACAAAUGGGUUUUUCCUUCACAACAAGGAGAUGACCAUUUUGAAUUCAAACAUCAAACCUGAUCAAAGUAAUCCUGAUAUUGCAGACACAAAAGGUGCCCUCAGUCCCAUAACUGACAAUACAGAAGGAGACACGGGAAUCCAUGUCCCUUCAGACAUUCCAGAGACUAUGGAUGAAGAUUCUACCUUGAGGGAUUAUACUGUCAGCCUGGAUUCUGAUAUGGAAGAACCAUCUCGAUUUCUGCAUGACUUUGAUGGUAGAGGUGUCAAUCAAAAGGAGCAAUUAAGUCCUUGUCCAAGCUCAAUAAGUGCCAAAUCCCAAGCAGGAAGUAGUGCUUCUUCAAGCUCGGGGGUCAAAAUGACCAGCUUUGCAGAACAGAAAUUUAAGAAACUUAAUCACACAGACAGCAGAAGCAGUGGAAGCAGUUCUCAAAAAACAACCCCAGAAGGCUCUGAGCUGAACAUUCCUCACAUAGUUUCCUGGGCUCAAAUACCUGAGGAAUCUCCUCUCCCUCAGGGAAGAGACACUACACAGUUGCUGGCCUCUGAAAUGGUGCAGUUGAAGAUGAAAUUGGAAGAGAAGAGGCGAGCAAUUGAGGCCCAAAAGAAGAAGGUUGAGGCUGCAUUCACAAAGCAGAGGCAAAAAAUGGGAAGAACGGCAUUCCUUAACAUUGUGAAAAAGAAAAGUGAUGGAAUUUCACCGCUCAGAGAAGAAGCAGCUGGAGCAGAGGAUGAGAAAGUGUUUACUGACUCCAAGCUGAAGGAAAAAGAAACGCAAAAGCCAGGUGAACAGCUAAACAAGGAUUCAGAGAAAAUAAAGGAGAGCACUGAAAAUCCCCACAUCAAAUGGCUUAAGUCCCCAAGUACCCCAGUUGAUUCUGAGAAACAAUGUAAUAUGACAAGUCCUUCAGAAGAGAACAUAAAUGAAGGUGACCUUUUGGAAUAUACAAAGUCUAUUGAGAAGCUCAAUUCUUCCCUACAUUUCCUGCAGCAGGAAAUGCAACGGUUAUCACUUCAGCAAGAAAUGCUAAUGCAGAUGAGGGAACAGCAAGCUUGGGUUAUUUCACCGCCUCAGCCUUCUCCCCAGAAACAAAUUCGGGAGCUUAAAUCUUCUCUGAGAUCUACUGGAUCAUCUCCCAUCGCCUCAUUUUCAUUGGAAUCUCCCCGACCUUCCCACCAGUCCCCACAGUCAUCUUCCAGAAAGAAUUCUACUCUCCCUAGUAAAAUACAAAGGACUCCUAGGCCAAAUGAACUGAAAAUAACACCUUUGAAUCGUACUUUGACUGCUCCACGAUCUGUAGAUAGUCUUCCUCGUUUGAGAAGAUUUUCUCCAAGUCAAGUGCCCAUUCAGACUAGAUCAUUUGUUUAUUUUGGAGAUGAUGGUGAACGUAUAUGUGAACCUCAGUUGAGGGGAAAUUUUGUGAAAGAGGUCAGAAAUACAACUGAGGCAGCUGACAAAGAAGUGGUUGAGAGAGAAGUGGAACAAAAAGUGAUAGAAGAAGUAGUUGAACUAACAUUAGAGGGAAACCAGAUCAGACCUCUUGAGUCCACAGUGUCAGAAGUACUAUCACAGCCCAUUACUGAAACUGUCUGCCUUACUCCAAGUGAAGAGUUACUGAACCCACCAGUAUUGCCACCACCUCUACCUAAAACUGCUAACCUCAUAGAAGUCCCCCUCUCAAACUUGAAACCACCAGAAAAGUCAGAAGAGUCUAUUGAGAAAUCAGAGGGCGAGAGUGACAAAGAACAAUUGGACGAUGACCAAAAAGUGUGUUGUGGAUUCUUUUUCAAGGAUGAUCAAAAGGCUGAAGAUGAUAUUGCAGUAAAACGGGCAGCAUUAUUGGAGAAGCGAUUGAGAAGGGAAAGAGAAACCUUACUUCGAAAGCAGCAGCUGGAAGCAGAGCUGGAACACAAGAAGGAAGAAACAAAGAGGAAGUCUGAGGAAGAACGUCAGAAGAAGGAAGAUGAAAGAGCGCGGCGAGAGUUCAUUAAACAAGAAUAUAUGAGGCGGAAGCAGCUAAAACUCAUGGAAGAAAUGGACAUUGUCAUAAAGCCCCGCCCCCAUUCAUCCAAACAGAAAAAGCCGCGCCCAAAAUCUAUUCAUCGAGAUCAUAUUGAAUCACCCAAGACUCCAAUCAAAGCUCCUCCAGUCUCUAGCCUUUCUCUGGCAUCUCUGAACACAGGAGACAAUGACAGUGUGCAGUCAGGCAAGAGAACCCCACGGUCCGAGUCGGUGGAAGGAUUUUUAUCUCCAAGUCAUUGUGGUAGUCGUAAUGGGGAAAAGGAUUGGGAAAACGCAUCUACAACCUCUUCAGUAGCUUCUGCUACAGAAUAUACAGGACCAAAGCUCUACAAAGAACCCAGUGCAAAAUCUAACAAACACAUAAUCCAGAAUGCUCUGGCUCAUUGUUGCUUGGCUGGAAAAGUAAAUGAAGGGCAGAAGAAUAAAAUAUUGGAGGAAAUGGAGAAAUCAGAUGCCAACAAUUUUCUAAUCCUCUUCCGGGACUCAGGCUGCCAGUUCCGAUCUUUGUAUACGUACUGCCCUGAAACUGAAGAAAUCAAUAAAUUGACUGGGAUAGGCCCCAAGUCCAUUGGCAAGAAAAUGAUCGAGGGGCUCUAUAAAUACAAUUCUGACAGGAAGCAAUUCAGCCACAUACCUGCUAAAACUCUUUCUGCCAGUGUCGAUGCAAUUACCAUUCACAGCCAUUUGUGGCAGAGCAAGAGACCAGUAACACCGAAAAAACUCUUACCUGCAAAGGCAUAGUGACUUGGGGGAGGGGUGGGAAGAAUACCUUACUGCAGACUGUCGUGGGAAACUUGCACUUCAUAUUUGCUGCCUAUUAGAAAAUAGGUUCUUGUUUGCCAACGAGACUCCUUUGAACUCAAGCCUGAAGACCAAGCUCUGUCGUCAUGCACAACUGGAAUGUAAACACAGUAUUUAAGACUCAAACUGACACUUAGGUGAUUAUGCAUUCAUGUGCUCAUGAAAGAUUGAGUCACAAAUGGAGACAGAUAUGCUUUCAUGCAGUCUAGAGUGUUCAUUUCCUAUUUUGAAACACUGAACUAAUGAAUGUUGCAAAUCUAUACUGACAAAUUACAUGUUUUUUACAUUUGUUGCCUUAUACUUUGGUAUUUUGUGCUUAUUCUGGAAUUUGAUGUAGCUGUUAAUAUCUUUACUGGAGAAAUAUUCUGAACUGAUUUACCACACCAUUAAAUUUUUAGCAUCCUCCAGGCCACUUUGCGCUGAAAGGGAGAAGUGUAUUCAUUGAGCUCUCAUUCAUUGCAAAGGAUUUUGCACAGGAAAAGCUCAUUGAUUGCGAAUACUCAGAAUGUUGCUAGCAUGUCUACCAACUUAUUUCUA